CCAGACCUCGAAUCUCGGCCAUACAAAAACACAGCUUAGCCUCCAGCCAGCUCGGUUCAGUCAUUACAACGCAAGGCCAUCUGUACUCUACCUCCAACCGCCAAAAUGCGCUUUUCCACCCUCAUCAUCAUCACAGCUCUUGGAGUUGCGGCCUCUGCCGGCCCCCUAUCCAAGCGCCAGACCGAGUGCCCUGAGGCGAGCAACAUCCCUGCCUGCGGUCUCCCAUGCAUUCAGUCUGCCGCCACCGCGGUUGGCUGUGCUGUUGACGGCUACGCAUGCAUGUGCAGCAAGUUUGAUGCGCUCCGCCUCGCCGCCGCCCCCUGCGCCGUCUCCAACUGUGGUAUGGCCGGUGUCCCGGCCCUGUUAGCUGCUGCUGAGGCUGUCUGUGCGGCUUGUGCUUAGGUUGGAUUGAGGCACCAAAAGCUCGGGUUCUCAUUGAGAAUGUACUUAAGGUCCUCUGAAUAUGACAGCAGGGGUGUGGGGUGAUGGCGGCAUAGGCUCAGGUCUGGUGGGAUUGAGAGAAUGGGCAAUACUAUUUAUUGUUUAUGUUGGGUCAUCUCCCCAC